AUACAAAUUCUUGACUUCACGUGAUAUUCCUUCACUUCAGUUCCUUUUAUUUUCUUUCACUUCCUUUUAUUUUACUUUCUCUUGCAGCCGAGAAGGAGGCCGAGUGGAUUCCAGCAAUGGCGAAGUAUUUAAGCAGAACUAAGGGUAUCAAUAUUGCAUUGGACAUAGUAGAAGAAGCCUUAAUUUCUUUGCAAGAGAAAGCAAAGCAACAGCCUAUACCUGUAAGAUCAAGCACGGAUUCUCAUUGCAUUAGAAACAGUCCACAACCAUCGACUUCAGAUGCACACCAUGAAACUUCCAAGAAAGUGAAAACAACUGGUGUGCUGAUUAAACGGCAACCACGAAGCAGGUCAAGGAGUCUGAGAACUGGGAGCCACCAUCCUAGCAGUAAGAGAAAGGUCAAAACAAAGAAAAAGCAAAACAUAUCGGUUCCCAAGGCAGAUAAUCUAAAUGAAAAUCUGUCAAGUAGCAGUGAUGACACCCCAAGAAGAUCAAGGCCGCAGCAACCACGUUCCUGUCAAGGGCCUCCAAGACCUAGAAGCAAGAGAAGCAAUGAGAAUAAUACCCAGAGUCUGCCAUGCGAGUCAACUCAUCGCAGCAUCACUGAUAACUCGACCCAUAAUCCUGGGCCUAGAUACAGGUCGCCUAAGAGACAAGGCAGCAGAGCAAGUAGUCACAUGGUGGGAGAGACCUCUGAGGAUGAGGUUUUGCCAGGCAGGAGGUACAAGUCCACUAGGAGAUCCAACUCGAGGGGAUCUCACAGCAAGCACCAUCUGAGAGAAAGGGGCUCCCCUGAAGAAGAGAGUGAUUCAGUAACCUCACACAAAGAGCCAAGGAGGACACACAACAGAGAGAUCCUUACUUUAAGUUCUCGAGGGAAUUCAACCCUACAAGGCACCAAGACAAAGAAUCCAACAGCCAGAUCACUCCCAACAGGCAAAGGAGCUGAUAAACCCAGUCAUCGUUAUGCUGCACCAACUCUCACAUCAAGACUGAGGACGGAAUUGUCAGAGCGUCGAGAGGCCGAAGAAAAGGAGAACUUGACUCCCUUCAUUCCUUCUGGGUCAAAGAAUAAAAGUUUUCACUUGGGCGUGAUCAUCCAAAAAGAGCUAGGACGACUGAAAAAUAUUCCACCAAAGGAAUUAGAGAAUGCAAUGACAACUCAGCAGUGCAAACCUAGUAACAGGAGCAGUACUUCUGGAAUGACAGAGGAGGCUGUUAAAUUGGCAAUGCGGAAUAUUGAAAAGGAAAUUACAGCUGUUGCAAAGCAGAUCUCCAAGUGAUAAUCAACUGCUUGUCUUUCAUUUAUGGUUACAGACUGUGAUAAAGUGGGAACAAUUUUUGAAUGAGGGCUGUGUGAGACGCAUUUAUAAUGGCAUGAUGACUUACAUUUCAUUAGUCUUUCAGCAGCAUUCAUCAAAUUUAAAAAGGAAUUUGUUAAGAAAUUGCUUUCAGAGAAUACUGAUAUAAUACUAUUGAAUAAUACAAUUGUUACUUAUUAGUAGUAGAUUCUCUGCUGUGAUAUUAUGUGUAGUACCUGUUCUUGAAUUUAGUUUGAUAUAUUAAUGAUGAUUAAUAAAGAUUUUUGUCAUAUUUUGAUACACUUUGGGCAACCCAUUAAUUAACAAGGGGGCGAAGUCAGAGAAGGACAGGUGUGAAUUCACCGCUCUGCACCGGGACAGUUGUCUAACUCAAGGCAGUGUGUGCAUGAUCUCAUCCCAGCUGUUGUAAAAUAAGCCAAUGACAUGACAAGGCAUCAUCCAGCACGUGUGAUUAUUCACAUUACAUGAUAGCAUGCCAUCCAUUGUUUGUUUGUUUGUUUGCCCCCCCCCCCCAAUCUUAUUCAAACAUUUAGACUCCAGGUACUCUUUAUACAUUAUGCCUGAAAAUGAUUUGCAGUUUUUAAAAAAAUUCUUAAAGCAUUGCUUCUAGAAAUACACUUGCAUGUGUAUGUUUACAUGUGAUAAGUAGGUGGGAAUUACUCCAUAUU